AAAUUUCAAGUGGUUUUGGCAGAGAUAAAUAAAUAUAUCACAUAUUUUUGUAGGUUUUUACCUUUAGCACUUGAGAGUAAUUAUAAUCUGAUUUUGUAAAUUUACAAUUAGAAUUCUGAUCUGAAUGAAUUUUAUUAAAUAACCAAAAUAAAAAUAAUAAUAAAAUGGGUGAUAGAAAGGACAUUCCGGAUUUUAAAAUAUUUAGUAUUGUAUUCUUUUAUUGUGUUAUAAUAAUUGCAUUACCAGUAGCAACAUUUUUCGGGACGAAAAUUAUUUUAUUUGAUGGGGUUAUGGGAUUAUCGGAGGUAGCAUCAAAUGUAUGGAGUGCUGUUUUUGCGGUCAUUGCAUUACAUGUAGCAUUAGGAAUUUUUAUACAUAAAGCAUAUUCUGGAGAUUCAGUAGAACCAGAAAAACCUAUUGCAAAAAUCGAUUAAAAAAUUUCUUAAUACGAUGUAUUAUUAUUAUGUUAAUGCAUUUUUUUUUAAAUUCAAAUAUUCCAUAUAAUUUUUACUAUAUCGGAAGGUAUGCUGAUUUUAAGACUGGAUUGUUUACUGAAGUAAUCAGCAUGUGAAUAAUUUAAAAAGUAUAAUGUAUUUUAUUGUAGGAAUUAAAUAUUUGUAUCCCAAGAUUAUGAAACGCGUUUCUAAAAUAUUCACAUUUAUAGCAAAUAUUUUCUCUAUUUCUUUUAAAUGUAAGGUAUCACAAAAUAAACAUAUAAAUUUACUUAACAAAUUUCUAAAAAUACAGAGCGUUAAAAGAAUCUAAUUUCGAAAUAUUUUGUUGUAUAAUAUGUAUAAAGAUUAAGAAAAAACAAAUUGAUAAUCGAAUAUUCUAACAUAUUUUCCAAAUUGCUUAGGUCUAUCGAAAUGUGCGAACCUUGCUUUUUUAACAUUGUAUAUUUAGGUGAAAAACUAUCGAUAAUGUGUCCAAUUAACUUUUUUUUUGCGUUAAUAAAUCCAUCCAUAAAAUAGUUUUUAAUUUUUUGUUUAGAAAUAAACAAAUAUGCGGUGCAUCAAUGAUCUUUGUUCAUUUGAUAUUUAUUUAUUAUAAUGGCAUGUCGUAUCUUUAAGAUUUUGAUUUAAAAUUCUGAAUUUAAAGACGUAUUUUGUAUUUGUGAUAACAAUAUGAGAAAUAAUAUAGUAAAAUUAUUUUACCUCGUCUCUGUUAACACAAAUCAAAAGAAUAUAUGUUUUAAGCUGAGUUUACACAAUGCCUGGCAAAUGUUCUUGAUUGUUCUAAACCCUACUCGUAUGGAAAUGCGAUUUAACUCGCGUGCAUUCAAGUGUACACGAGCACAGAUGAAAUUAAAUUCCAGUUGCCGGGACAAUACCCAGUAAAAACUGUUUUGUGAUGUAGGAGUGGAAAAAUAAUUGGUAGAAAAUACAAAAAAUGUCUGCAAACAUGUUCAUACAAUGACAAUAUUUGUUCUAUACUAUAGCUACAUUUUAACGUCAAUUCACACGCUAGCUCACACUGUGUAAACUCACAUGAAUAAAACAUUCAAUUAAUUUUUCUGAAUUUUCUUCAUUUACAUGACUAAUCAAAUUAAUCUUAUAAAGACAGUUUCAUGUAAACAUGUUGUUUUUCGAACAUCUUUUUGUUGUAGCUGUAGGUAUGCACAUGGUAGAUGGUUGGGAAAUGGU